CUGAAGUUUUUAUACCUUCUGGUAUUUGUUUAAUUAAACUUCAUUUCCUGGUUAAUCGGCGACACAGUUGCUGUUGAUCGACUAUAUCUCGCAGUUCUGGGGGGAAACCCCACGCUGUAAAAGAGCUUCCCCAGAACCACCCCCUUUGUCCGCGUCCAGGCCUUCGGGUGGCAGGAGUUAGAGGCGGCUGCAGCGCGACCGGCUGCCCGACCGGCUCCUCCCAACCGGCAGAAGUGAGCCAAGAGGAGCAGCUGCCCUGCUCCGCCGCGCGCGGUCCGCCAGCAGAGGGAGACGGGCCUUUGGCGGCCACCUCUACUGCCGCGGCAGGGGGACGGAGCGGAGCCGCCGCCACCUGGCGCGGGCGGGGACCCUCCGCCUGCCCUUCGUCUCUAGUCUGCAAGGCGACGGCUGCGACCAGGAGAUGUGACUCCUUCUGUCCCCUUUCUCGUCUUUGCUUUCCGCAGAAUGGCGGCGGGGUCGUCGAUGGUGGAGGCACUGGGGCGGCUGUGGCAAGUGCAGGCCCCGCUGGGCAGUGGCUCGUCGGCCGCAGUCUACCAGGUGCGCUGCGUCGGCGACCCCCGCGCCCCACCGGCCGCCGUCAAGGAGUUUCUGCCGUCGGAUCUCGGGCUGCUGGCUCCGGCAAGGUCCGGCGAAGGAGUGGGGCGUGAUUACGGCUUCCGCAAGGAGCGCGCCGCGCUGGAAGAGCUUCGGGGCCACCGCAACAUCGUGACCCUGUAUGGUGUGUUCACCACCUGUGCUUCUGCUAAAGGCCCAUCGUACUGCCUUUUGUUAGAGUUGCUGGAUGUCAGUGUGUCAGAGCUGCUUGUGCAUUCCAGUCAGCAUGGCUGCUCUAUGUGGAUAACCCAGCACUGUGCCCGAGACAUCCUAGAAGCCCUGGCCUUCCUCCACCACAAAGGCUAUGUGCAUGCAGACCUGAAGCCACGUAACAUCCUGUGGAGUGCAGAGGAGGAGCGCUUCAAGCUCAUUGACUUCGGACUUAGCUUCAAGGAGGGAAAUCAGGAUGUGAAGUACAUUCAGACAGAUGGGUACCGGGCUCCUGAGGCUGAGCUGCAAAAUUACCUUUCCAAAGCAGGAGAACAAGGUGGAACUGAAUGUACUGCUGCUGUAGAUCUUUGGAGUCUUGGAAUAGUAUUACUGGAGAUGGUCUCAGGAAUGAAACUGAAAUAUAUUGUACAAUCUCAGGAAUGGAGGGCAAAUAAUUCUGCCAUUAUUGAUCACAUUUUUGCAAGCAAAAGUAUGGUAAAUUCUGCCAUCCCAGCCUAUCAUCUUAGAGACCUCCUGAAAAGCAUGCUUCAUGUUGACCAAGAGGAAAGAGCUACUGCUGCAAAAGCCCUGUGCAGCCCCUUCUUCAGCAUUCCAUUUGCUCCCCAUAUUGAAGACCUGGUGAUGCUUCCAACCCCAGUGCUAAGAUUGCUAAAUAUUUUGAGCGACACUUCCCUUCAAAAUGAAGAAGAAUUUGAAGAUAUAGUGGAUGACAUAAGAGAAGAAUGUUGCAAAUAUGGAGAGAUAAUAUCCCUGUUUGUUCCAAAGGAGAAUCCUGGCAAAGGCCAUGUCUUUGUUGAGUAUGCAAAUGCUGGUGAUUCCAAAGCUGCUCAACGAGCACUGACCGGGAAGAGAUUCGAUGGCAAGUUUGUUGUGGCUACAUUUUACCCACUGAGUGCCUAUAAGCGGGGGUAUCUUUACCAAACCGUGCUGUAGUCUGCAGCAGCAGUCAGGAGAAAUGCAUGUAUCCAAAGCUACCUGGCUUUGCCUGAGUAUUUUUCAAAGAUGGAAUCCAUCUGUGUCCUUUUUCUUUCUCAUUCUCAUUCCAUGAUUUGCAAAAAAGGUCUAGAUGUUUUUAUUUUGCUGCAAUGAAAUCUGUCUCCCUCUCUCCUUUGAUUAACUCUGUGGUAACCUAAAUUUUAUUAAAUAGAUGUUUGAGUUUAAUGGUAAAGAAGAAUUCAGUGUGAAAGAAAUAGAGACACAAAACAGUGUUUGGGGUUAUGCCACUGAACUUGGAGCUGCCAAGCACAGAAUGAUGGUAUGGAGGGUUGCCGUCAUCUUAAACAUUUACUGAAGCAUCACUGGAGUUCCUGAUGACACAAGCCCUUGGCAGAGAAGCAGUAGAAUUUGCUUUUUCUGCUAUUGAGGGCAUUGGGUGCUUCCAGAUGAAGCUUUUAAUAUGCAAUCAUUAUGCCUUCUUCACACAAUUUUACAGGGGCAGCACAAGAUGUUAUAAGCCAAUUGUAACCCUCCUGAGUAUUCCCAGCACUUCUUGCUUCCCUUUUCUUACCUCAGAAAACCCAUGAAGGAGGAAAGGAGCAAAAUAGUAACACAAUCUCCUUGCAAGUGUGGAUGGGAAAAUGUGCAGUCAGUCCCUGGGGAAGAUGGAUGCCAUUUUGGGAUGCCCCUCCUUUAUUGUUACCAGUUUCAGAGCCAUUUUGUGUCCUGCCCUGCAAGUCCUUGACAUUUUUCUACCAGCUCUCAGCCUUAAUAAAUUGCUUCCUGGAAUUAGGUUUCCUCAACUCUGACACACUUCAGUUAGCUAUUUUAUUAGGAAAUUACACUGAAAACAGUAGGACUUAAUUCCAAGUAGAGAAGUGCAGGUUCUAGCUGCAAUUCUGAAAGGCUGCAAUUUUCUAGCCCUGUGCUGCAAGCACUAUUUUUAUUUUCACAAUUUUGCUAUGGUAGAAUAGUGCAAGCAACAAGCAGCAGAAACAAGCUGGCAAUUUUUCUAGCCUGCUUGUGAAAUUGAUUAGAUAAGAUUGUGAAAUUGGUUAGACUAGAAAUGGGGCGUUCUCAGAUGAAAUCCAUGGAACUUGCAGCCCAGUGUGAACUAUGUUUACUUGGAAGUAAGCUUAGCUGUAAUCCUAUUGCCCUGUGCUGUAGACACUCUUUUUUAAAGCAACAACUUUUAAUUUAUUUUGCAAUUGUGGUACUUCAAAAGCAGUUGUGCUGCUUCAAAAACUGUAAGAACACACACACAGGUAUACACACAAUGCAAAGUGUUUAAAUGGCACCAAAAAGCAUCCACCUCAAAAUCUGGAGAAGGGGUGGUGGCAACAAGUGAUGGUAGAGAAACACAAAGGAACAAAAUCACCUACCAUAUGGAUGGAACAUAAUGAGAUCCAUGCACCAAAAAAGCACUAGACACUGAAGAAUCUAGUGGAUUGUCAUUUGCAGUUUCACUUGUAUCUUAUAGUGGAAAAAUAUUUAUAAGGAGCACCAAGAAUCAUCCAUCAGGAAGCACCCCAAGACUAAAAAACUUAGCCAGCUUUUGCUGCAAGGUUGCCAUUGUAGAUACACAAACAACAUAAGCAGCAGUAGUAUUGCCCUUCAUUAGAAAGCUGUCUUGUUCCAAGAACAGAAUUGCUGCCCUUAUAAGCAGCAGAUCUGAGGCAAAGUGGACUUACCCAAAUGCACUUGCUUAUGAAGAAGCUGAGGCUAGACAGUAGACAACUAAGGUUUUGAUUACACUUUUAGCGUCUAGCCAUUCCUUGUAAGGUGAAGAUGCCUUUCUCCUGGGAAUAAGCCCAGAGUUGUGAAAGCACCUUUCAGCCACGGGUAGGCCUGUAGCAAAUAAUGCAUUAGAAAGAGCCCUUGUUUUAAAGUAAAUCUUGGUUUGUGCACAUUGUAGUGGAUGUGUGAGGUUCAGUUCAAUUUCAACUCUUGUGAUACAGCAGAGGCUCUUAGCUAAAUUAUCCCUAACUAGUAGAGGCUGGGGUGGGGGUGUCUUUGCAGUGAAAGGUUUCUGGAAAAUGGCAGGUUUGGUAACAGCUUCCCAGCAUCAUCUGCUAAUAGUUAGGCAGGUGCUUACAUAAAGGAUUGCUUGCAUACUGAUACCAUGGGUAUUGUCCAAUCAGAGUCUUCCUGGGAGGCCUUCCAUAGUGUUACUUUUCUGAGCCAAUUCCAACCAUUUUUUAGAGAACUGAAGACUGUCCUGAAAGAAGUGCUUGAAAGUUCUGGAGUUUGGCCAUUGGUGCUGCCAUCUCAAGGCUACCCGGUUUCUCAGCAUGUUACAUACUCUCCCUGUCAUCACUGGAAGUGGCAUGUGCCACGCUUCAUGGCAUAAAACAUUUUAGAGCUGGUGUAUAUACAUACAUUGCUUUCAUAAAUAAUUGGGAUUUUUUAAUCAUAGUCACAGAAUGACCUACUGUUUAUUCCUGACUUCUGCCUUUCUGAGCUAAGGAUUCUUUAAGGAGGAACAUUGUCUACACUGACAGUUACAAUGAUGAAGUUAGGUUUAUUUGUUUGUCCUGCAUAGCUUACCCAAUGUAGAUCUUGGGAGAGUGACAUUCCUGAAUCUGGAUGGAGAAGUAAACUGCAUCCACUUAGUCUCUAAGUACCUCAAGUCGUGUGUGCGGAUUUUAUGCAGCCUUGUCAUCUCACCUCCACAGUUUCCCUGGGUUUCAGCAGACCUGCACCUUUCAGUCUUCAUAUCUUGGUUAAGUAGAAUGGACAGUAGAAUCUAUACCAAAUAAGUAAUAUAUGUUUGGUGACAGGGGCUGCUGGUAGAUCAGAAUGUGUUUAAGGUCUGUACUAAUCUCAGACAUUACUUUUUAUCUGGUAUUCAGAAAUGGGCCGAUUCUUAUGUGUGCAUCUCUGUUACUGAUGUUGUAUUCUGACAGUCUUUGAGCAUCUUUCUGUGAGCUAAUUUGACUUUGAAGGCAAUCAGAGUUUCAUUAAGCUAAGAAGGAUGCUUUGGAUUUAUGUUCACUACAACACUGUAUGAGAUUUCUUCAUGAUGGAAGCUUUCAGUUUUCUAAGAGUCUCUGUUAUUGACCUUCAAGUUGCCAGUUGGAACUCUUGAAAGAGCAACCACUACAUAAAGCAAGCAAAUGUCUGUACUGUAGAUACUCUUGAAACACUGGAUGUGCUUUUGCCAUUCAGGAUUUGGUAGUAGCCAUAAUCCUUUUGGCUGAAUUAAUGGCUCUUGGUUGGAGAAGAGAGAUUAAUGCUUUUUAGAAGAUGUUGUUUAUAACAUGAACACAUGGGAGACAUUUCUUUGUUAUAAAUACACAUGUACUCCCAGACAUAUGUAUAUAUAAUGGCUCUGGAUAUGAACACAACUUGUCUCAACCCAACACAAAUUCAGAUAUGGAGGAGCAAGUUAAAGUGGCCAUGUGGGGCGAUGCAAUAGUAUGCUAGCAAAUGCCUAGUAAUUAGAGACAGGCAAAGGAGUUUCAGUGACCGUGACUGGAUCCCAUGGGCAGACAAGAUCUUUAUCUCCCCCACCCCUCUGCAAGCCAGCUUUGACAGAUUGGUGGGACCACCCACUUGUCAAUCACCUGGAGAAAGUAUUUUGAAUAUAAGUUGCUUCUUCCAGCCCCCUGGAUCACACUAUGGAGUUCCUGAAGGGGAGCUGAGCUGAUUGGGGCUUCAGCUGUGCAGUUGAUUGAUGCUGGGAGUGCACCUUCAAAGACACUACCCUUAACAGCUGAUCACCUGAUUGUUUUCCCUCUGCAGAGUGGAAAAAUGCUCCUUAAUAACAUAGCAUUUCCUUCCCUGCAGAGAAAGCGGUUUGUAUUCAAAGCACUUUUGCCAGCACUUUGAAUACAAAUUGCUUCCUCUGGAAGGAAAAAAUGCUGCUUUUAAAUGGAGCAUUUUUAUCUUUCUACAGAAAGCAGGCUGCGUUGAAUACUAAGGAGCUCCCAAAGGGGGACUAGCUAGUGCAGCCAAUCCCAGCUUAUUAUCACUGCUUCAGCUGUGCACUUGCUUAGAAGCCCUGACAAUCAGGUGCUUGGUGAUAUCUGCAAAACCCUUUUGGCCAAGCCACAACUUUACCUGCCCAACACCUGAUCAACCUGCCCAACACCUGCUUGCAGGCUUCCCCCAGGCACCUGGUUGGCCACUGUGAGAACAGGAUGCUGGACUAGAUGGGCCACUGGCCUGAUCCAGCAGGCUCUUCUUAUGUUCUUAUGAUAUCAGGUGUAGGACAGGUAGGUGUUCUUGGCCAAAAUGGCCUGGCAAGCCAAAUUAGACUUGUGGGCCACAGGCUCCCUACCCAUUACAGGUCUAAUAGGUUAUUGCUAAGGAUCCUCCAUGGCGCAGAGAGGUAAGCGGCGGAAACGCAGCCGAAGCUCUGCUCACGGCCAGAGUUCGAUUCCAACGGAAGGAGGAAGUUGAAUCUCCGGUAAAAGGGGCCGAGGUCCACUCAGCCUUCCAUCCAUCCGUGGUUGGUAAAAUGAGUACCUGGCAUAUGAUGGGGGGUAAAGAAAGGCCGGGGAUGGAACUGGCAAUCCCACCCCAUAUAUAUGGUCUGCUUAGUAAACGUUGCAAGCUGUCACCCUAAGAGUCGGAAACGACUCGCACUGCAAGUGCGGGGACACUUUACCUUUAAGUAGCAAAGAAAAAUGUCCAGCCUCUUAGGAACAGAACAGCAUAGUACAAACACGCUCUUCCUCAUAGCUACAUCUGUUUUGACCUGUUGGAUCCUCUCAUUUUGGUACCACCUGGUCCCUUCGGAAGUGUCUCCUGCUACCACCACCAGCCUGUGCUUGUUGCCUGAGCUUGCUCUUGGGCUUAGCAGUGAAAUGCGGUAGACCUGCUCCUCUGCUAUCUGAGGAACCAGAUAUUUCUGGCACAUUUUAAGCCAGAAGCUACAACUACACUAAAAAACUGAAGGUCUUCAUACUAGUAUGCAAGGACAGUGGCUGUGUCUGAAGACCACUUUUAUAGCUUUGCACUUGCCAAAGUCACAGAUCUGAUCUGGACUCAAUUUUGCUCUGAACUGGCCACCAUCUGUCUGCCUGUCAUGCUGUAUUUGACUGUUUCACAAUGUUUACAUGUUUCCAUUGCAAGUUGUUCUAUAAUCACAUGCCUUCUGUUCAAAUUGUUUCAGGAAAUCUACUGCUUUAUGCACCAUUGUUGAGUAGCUCUGCUUGAAAAAGAUGAAAGUACAAUUUUAAUUAAAAAAAAUUGUUCUUACCUGUUAACAAAGUUAUCUCUUAUUCCAGGUUGAAUUGUGAGAGGAAAUUGGAGUCAAUGCUGCAUUUGAGAUGGGUGGUGGAAUGGACCCAGCCCCUAAUCUGUGUCCAACAGAUUUUCAGAAAUAAUACCUAGCAUGAAUAUUGUGCUUUAAGUAUUCAAAGCACUUCACAUACAUGAACUUGCAGUUGACACCAUCUGCCUUCUUCAAGUGAAUUCUCUGAGAAAUCAGUAACGAGUCCCUCAUGUUGUUCAUCUGCAAACUAGGAACAGUACUGGCUUACCGCAAAAGGUUGUGAUUCCUAUGACUGAAUUCAUAGGAAUGAUUCCUCAUGAGGCAGAGUUGGUGAAGAUCUUGACACAGUGGCCCCCCAAGUGCUAAGACUUUGAACCCAAGUACUCGGGAAAGUCUAAAGUCCAGUCAUGUUGGGACUUUUUGUUUUUUAACAUAGCCUCUGGAACAGGACAAUUCUGUCUAAUUAAUUGUACAUGUAUGGAGUGUACUUAGUCAUACUCUUAAGUCAUACUUAGAGUAGAUCCACAGAAAUAAAUGGACAGGCUACAGAGCAAUCCAACUUGCUGGAGGCUGGUGGGAGCAAAGCCGGCAAAGACGGAGCUGGCAAAAGGGGCCAACACAUCCUGUACCACUCAGAGGCCCGUUGGAGGGGGGACACUGGCAAUGCUGGCAGGGCCCAGCGGAAGGAAACCAAAAUAGGUGUGUCCUUCCGCCACCCCUUUUCCUGGCGUACUGGCUGCCGGGACAGAAGGGAGGAAGCUGAACGGGGUCUGGAUAUCACCUACCUCCCUGGCCCUUCUCUGAUACGCCUCCAGAAUGGCCAUUUUCCAGGCCUUCUGCCAGCUUCCACUGGCUUCCCUUAAGGCUGGGCUUGUCUGCCAGAUCUCCAGGAGCUGAGCUGGGAUGAGGGACUUAUAUUGGUGUAGCCCAGCUGAGUCGGGACUCAGCUAGCUCUGCUGGAGGGCCACCGUAUCCAACUCCCCUCAGCCCGGCGUAAAGAGCAGUUGGACUGCACCCUUAGUCAUUACUAACUGAUACCCACUGAUUUCAGUGUUUCUACUCCUAGAAUAUUGUUUAUUGGUUUGUGUGUGUUGACAUGAGUUUCUGAAGUUUUUUUAAUUUGUAGUAUAUACAACAUGAAGUCAAAUAUUCCAAGGUUUUCAUAAACAUCAAACCGCUAUUCUAUUAGCAAAACAAAUAAAUUCUGCUAGCCGAAUAAGUCCCUCCAAGUUGCUGCACAAAUAUCAAACCGCACACCAAGGAUCCUGGGAUAGAGAAGCAAUGAGAGCCUCCAAUCUCCACCUUGGAACGAAGUCUAUAUGACCUCAUGGCUCCAGCAUAAGCUUACAUUUUUUGCUUUUUAAUUCUUCCUCUUGCUUUGUGUGUAUGAUUAAGAGUUCUGGAGAAGUCAAAAGCUUGCCACACUGUUGUGAUAUUUUAGUUGGCCCCAACUCUGGAUUUUGCUACCUUUUUUUAUGUGCCAUGAAGAAUACUGAAACUAGCUGUUCAGACUGGAGUCUACAGCCAGGGGCAGAUGUUUUUCCAACACCUGAAGAUUCCCUUUGCAUUUUAAUGUUACAUCCUCUCCAGCCACUUGGUAAUUAUGCAAUUUAGCUUCAACUGACUUGCUUUACCUUAUACACCUUAAUUUAUUUAACAAAAUUUAUAUAUCACUUGAUUGUGAGAAACCUCAGCAGUUUACAAAAAUAUAAUUAUCAGUAAAAACAAGCAAUUAAAACAUUUUUAAAAGAUUAAAGCAGUAAACUAAAAACCAUACAAAUUAAUCCCUGGUUUUACUAAAUUAAAGACUGCUUUGUUUCUCUUUACUUCUGCUUUCUGUCUACCCAGGAACCCCUGUGUGUUUCGUUUAAGGUUUGGGGUAUCUCUGUGUUACAAGCCAGGCUUUUUUCAGAAACGGGGAGCAGUCAUAGCUUCUUUAUCUCAACAUCCUAGGUAUGUAACCUGAUAUAUGUAGCACUGGGGAGUGGCUUAGGGCUUAACAUUGCUAAUGUGUUUAGGUUUAGAUAUCACAAAUAGGAUAUUGACAAAACGAAAGGGGUAAAUAGGGAUUAAGUGUGGUGGUGUUGGGGAAUGGCAUGGCAUUUAGAUCCAAGCAUUGAGUUGCAAUAAUCCUGAAAACUGAGCAACACCAAUCUCACAAAAAACACCCAUCUGGAAGCAUACAUUCAUCCUUUGGGUUCUAUUUUGAAACGUGAGUCAAUAACCUGACCUCAUGGCUAUUACAUCAGCCUAAAUUUUAUACUGCUGUUUCUGUUUUUAUUCCUCAUCCCCCAACUCCCAUACUUUGUGAGACAUCUUUCUCCCAUCCCUGCUCAGCCAUGCACUAAUGAAGAAAAGCAAAGUAAUGGGAAUCCCCCAAAUUCCUGCCUGAAUUGCUGUGAAUUCCGUCUUGAGAUAAUAGGUUUCUCAGUUCUGUAGCCUGCUUGACAUAUUGACCAAUACCAACUGUUGGUUGAGAAACACUUCUGCUCUGAGUUCUGGUCAACAAACAACAUCUCUUCUCCUGGUUCAUUGUGCAAACAUACAUGCUCUUGUCCAUUGACCUUCUCUAGAUAAUCUCUAAAUUAAAAUGCAGCUGAACCAGAGCCUGUGUGUGGAUAGGAUGACAAACAUACCGUAACAGUAAACCUGGUUGGUAGGUGGUCACUGAAGCUCAUUAUCUGAAGCUAAUUUCAAAGGUUAAGGAUGUCCUUCCUGUUUUUCUUUUAAACAUCAGCCUGAUUCUUGGAUUAAUUCCUCACCCAGAUGCACUUUUCAUUCCACAGUUUUCACAUAAGUAGACCUAUGGGGUAGUCCAACACAAAAUGUCACCCUUAUCCCCAAAUGUCAGCCAGUUACUACUUAAAUGUUUUUGUGGAAACAAAACAAAACAAACCUGGGGUCAAAAUAUACCCUAGAAAUUCAUUGAAUUUAGCCAUUGGGGUCCAUUUUGACCCAACCAAUGUUAACCAAUUGGGGUAAAAAAAAAAAGGUUUUUCAUAGAAAGAAAGGUCGGGGAUAGGUAACUAAAGUGCACAGGAAUCAAAUUACCCCUUCUACCUUUGCAAGUGCAAACAUAUCUCCAAAGUCAUGUUGUUGCAGGACACACCUUUGACUCUUGGAAGAAGAAAACAUGGCUUCUACUAGCAAAAUGAGUUUUUAUUUUGCAGUUGGAGGAAAUUAUAAACCCCUUGCUUUGCCCAAGCUCCCCCACACACCCAAUGUUCUGGGAAACAUACUCCCCCUUUUUAUGCCAAUCUAGCUGGACAUACCAGGUAGAUGGCAGGCUGGCUGGCUGCAUUCAAAGUAGGGUGUUUCACCCCUUUCGUCAAUCUAGCUGGGUGUACCAGGGGGGGAAAUGAGAGGGCCUGGAAGACAUCUCCAGGAACAGUCCACCACAGAAUAAGUGGGGACAUUAUGAGAGAGCAGCCAGGGCCCACAGUUUUCUUGCAGGUUUAUAAUGGGGUCAUAAAAUGCCCCACAAAACCAUAGUUUCUGUUGUAAUAAAUAACAGUUGUUCCUAAACAGU